ACAACUAGCCAUCUUUGCUGGCAUUAACAUCAGAAUGGCUUCCAUUGGAAAAAUGUUCUCAGCUUCAUGUCUGAGUGAUUCGGCAUGGUUGGUGUGAAAGCAGAUAGCUCUCAAGAGUCUGGAUUGCAUGUUUGAUCCCCGUGCCCUCGUCUGUAUGUCACAUUGUGUUACAGACGGCAGCCCCAACGACAGCGGCGCAGCAGACCCAGCCUCAGGGUUACAAAACGCUGCGGAAGUGAGCACCCUGCCCCCAACCAACGCGCCAUCGGAGUCAAGCUACCCACCAGAACCCCAAAAACCAUCCCGGAGCAGGAAGGAGCCGACUGGCUCCGGCACCGGCAAGCACCACCAUUCCAACCACCGCCACCGCUCCCCCAACAAGAAAACCAGCAAGGGAAAACACAAGGGGAAGAAGUCCACGGAGAAGACCUCGAACAAGCUGUUAAAGAAGAAGGACGACAAGGGACGCGAAGGCCACCGCCACCAUUCCAGCGGGAAACACCGUAGCCGCCACCGCUCACCUGCCAAGGUGCACAGCCGGUCGCGCAGUGCAGAGAACACCCUGGAUAGCCGUCAUGGCGGACACCGACACGGCCGCUCCCCCGACAGACGCCGCGGUCAACACUCCCCCACUCGUCAACACUCCCCCACUCGUCAACGCCAACGCUCUCCUUACCGCUCGCCUCCCCGCCACAGGUCCCCCAACCGCUCUCGGCAACACUCCCCCACCAGACGCCAAGGCCAUUCCGCAGACCCCUACCGCCGCUACGCCUCCCCAGAGAGACAGGGCCGCAGCAACGAGAAGCCCAAUGGGUACAGGGCCGCAGUGAAGGAGCGGCCCAGGACCCCUGACCUCAGCUUCACUCUCGAGGACAGCGUCCUCCGCGGGCCCCCGGCCCUGGACCGCCUGAACAGGGAGGCCACGCUACCGCUGCUGCCCAGGGACGAGCGCCCGUACGGGGAGGACAGUCUGCUGAGGAGAGCCGCCUCCAUGGAGAGAACCUACGGGGGGACAGCCUGCUGAGGGACGUGGCAUCCCGCGGCCAGAGAAACGCCUUCAGAGACGCCACCUUGCCCAGAGUGCGAACCCCAGACUCGGAUUCGGCCUUCCAGAAGUACA